AUGGACCGAACCCUCAGCGCGGCCGGGACCCGCCGGGGCUGCCGGCAAACCCCCGAGAGAUGCCAGAAGUCGGGAGAGAAGGAGCGCGGAGCGAGCGGCGCCUCCCCGGCCCGGGAAGCGAAACCCCCGGAUUGCAAAACCCGCCCGGCCCCGCUGCAGGAGGAAAUGCCUCAGCUUCCUGCUCGAGAGAACAGCUCCAGCCCUGCAGCCAUCCCCGGCACGCCGCUCCUCCGGCAGCUCCUGCUGCUGCCAGCGGAGAUCUGGGGAGCAGAGCCGGGUCGGGAUCCGUGGGCAGGGUCGGUGUGCAGCCCUCGCUGUCUGUGCUCCACCCCUGCUCCGACACAGCGUCACCUGGAAAAGAUGACACCGAGCUCUUCGGGGUCCCUGUCGGGGCUCGGCAGGACCAGUGACAGGCCCCACGGUCAGGAAUUACUCCAGGCUGGCGUGGAUGUUUCCAAAGGCUCCAUCCUCACCAACAAAGCCUCCAAAGCUGGUGGCAGCAAAGCCCGAAGAAUAAAGGACAAGCAGGAACCUCGAGAGCCCCCCGAGCCCAGCGGUGUCCCCACGGUGUCACUGUCACAAACCUGUGACAUUUCCCUGAGAGCUGAACCCUCCCAGAGCUCAGCACGGCGUUUCUUUGUUAAAAACCACAAUAAUGGGGUUGGUGAGGGAGGCUCGGACCCACCCGUGCUGUGCUGAGGGUUUAAGAGGAAAUCACUGCCCAAGGGAAAAUCCAAAAUCUCUUGCUGUCCCUGCCACCCCGCUGCUGACUCCUGCCUCAUGUUUUAGAAAGAAAAAGCCACCACCAGCGUGCCCAGCUGCCUCUGGGGUGAUUUGGAGUAAAAAUGUGAUUUUGGAGUAAAAGCAUCCCGGAUUUCCAGCUGUUCCCUACAAGAGAUGUAGGACAGGGAGCUCAGGGAUGCUCACCCCAGGGACAGGGAAGACAAAAUGCCUCAGUUAAACAUCAAACCUCACUGAAAGUAAGGCAUUCCUUUGAAUUUUAAUAAAAGGAAGCCAAAAUGACACAGCCCUGGCACGUUCCCCCUCCACGCUCUGAAAAAGGCCUGAGAUGGGAGAAAAUGAUAACAAUUAUAAAAAUGAUAACACUUAUAAAAAUGAUAACAAUGAUAAAAAAUCCAUAAUCUCAAUCUUAAAUCCUCUUUCCUGAGACAGUUGGGGGCCCAUUCUCUGCAGGAAGAUGAUGGAGACUUAGCAUUUUUAGAUCAGGUGGCUGCCAGGGAAGUGUUCACCCCAGGGAACCCUGCUGUGGUGGGUGUGUGCGAGCCCAGGCUGGGGGAACACGGAAUCAGGAGUCACUGGGGUCACAAAAGAAUGGUUUGGGUUGGAGGAGACCUUUAAAAUCUCUCUGCAUUCCACGGCAGGGACACCUUCCACUAUCUCAGGGUGCUCCAGCCUGGCCUGGUGUCGCCUGAAAGCUCAGCUUCUGAGA